AUGGAGACCUCAGAGCCCGUCUCUUACGACUUCCCUGGCCAUGCCGUGAGUGCGUUUGCACACAGACGCUCGAUAGACUCGACCCUGAGCCAUAACUUUCCCUUCUAUUCGCAUCAAACAGCAUCAUACUCGCUGCAUUACCAGACCUCAAGUAGCUUGCCUUACAGCUUCGGUCACUCUGUGGGUCACACACAUGCACACUCGAAUCCCUAUCAGCAAUACUUUGUCCAUAGUCAGCACCCGUUACAGCCGCAACCACUGCGCACAACAGCACAACCGUUGCAGUCUCUUCCAGAGAUUCGUCCGGCGAAGAACGCCAUCAGCCAUACAAUCAAGUCUACUCCCGACCAUGCUCCACGGGUGCAUAUCUCGACUGGAAGCCACAGUUCACCAGUCGGGGCAAAAAACGAGACGAAGCAAACCACCACUGAUCUCGCCUUCUCAACCAACGUGGAUGUCCUGAUGAAGGCAAUUCAGGCCAAGCAUGCUUCAUUACUGAUCCAGCAAUCGCUGCCAGCACUCCAGCAUCCGGCACCCCCGGCACCACAGACUUAUGCCGGAUCCUACCCGACUGCCUCGCCAACGCCACCGCGGUACCCUGCCAAUGAAACUCAGCCAUCGCGGAGGAAGCGCAAGUACAACUGCACCCUCCCAGGCUGUGGUAAAAGCUUCGCGCAGAAAACACACCUAGAAAUCCAUAUCAGGGCACACACGGGUGACAAGCCAUUUAUAUGCAAGGAACCCUCAUGCGGGCAGCGCUUCUCGCAGCAAGGCAACCUCAAGACCCAUCAGCGGCGACACACCGGCGAAAAACCCUUUCAAUGUGACAUCUGCCACAAGCCAUUCGCUCAGCGAGGCAACCUCCGCGCUCACAGGCUCACCCAUGAUCAAUCUAAACGGUUUGACUGCCGUUUAGAUGAAUGUGGCAAGCAGUUCACCCAGUUAGGCAACCUCAAGUCACACCAAAACAAAUUCCACGCAGCAACACUCCACAAUCUAACGAUCCGGUUCUCACAAAUGGCCGAGAAUGGACCGAUGAACAUGAAUGCGGCAGAUCGCGAUCUCUGGAUAUAUUUCGCCGGGCUAUACAAAAACAGCAACAAGGGCAUCAAGGGCCGUGGCAAGGACCGGCGAAUCUCAAUGACGAGACGGUCUGACCCAAAGAGUAGAUGUGCCCCCGUGGAUCGAGUCCUCAUGGACCGAAUACAGUCUGUUGGGUCUGAGGAGGGCGUUUCGAAGAUGCAGUUGCAGAUGCAGAUGCGCCGUGGGAGCUUUGAGGAUGGCUUCUCCGUUUAUAAUACUUCUAGCAGUGAUGGCGAUGAUGGGGAUUCCUAUUAUAUUGAGCGCAAGCCUCAUGUUCAUGUUCAUGGCCAUAGCCAUGGUCAUGGGCAUUGA